UCUCUGUAAAAUUGGUCUAACUUCACGCCAAAUCAAACAUAACCUUUCCUGUCAAUCGGGUAAUUCUCUCUUCUAGUUUGUUGAAUUCAAAUAGAAUGCCAGAAAUGACCGAAAUUGAGAAACCUGCAGUUGCGGAACCCAAACCCGACCACAGCUCAGAAUCAACGCAGAGUGAUACCGACGAUGAAAUUCCCGAAUUAGAAGAUGCCGGGAAUGGAACUGCCGGUACGGCCGCUUUUACCGGGGCUGCCGCUGCCGGCCUUCCCAUGGAAAUGGUUUCAAAAGCCAAGCAAUCUCGAGGGGAAAAGAAAGCGCGGAAAAUAAUGUCUAAAUUAGGAUUAAAAUUGAUAACUGGAGUAAACAGAGUGACAAUUCGUAAAUCAAAAAAUAUUUUGUUUGUUAUAAACAAACCAGAUGUCUACAAAAAUCCAGUUAGCGACACCUAUAUUAUUUUUGGUGAAGCAAAAAUUGAAGAUCUUUCACAACAGGCACAAGUGGCCGCUGCUGAGAAAUUCAAGGAAGCAGCAGCUGAAGGAGCAGCAAGUAACGCCACAACAUCUGUACCACCUAUAACAGAAGAAUCUGAUGAAGAAGUGGAUGAUACCGGCGUUGAGGAUAAGGACAUUGAGCUGGUAAUGACGCAGGCGAAUGUCAGUCGUCCGAAGGCUGUUAAAGCGCUGAAGAAUAACCAAAAUGAUAUAGUAAAUGCCAUCAUGGAACUGACAAUGUGAUGAGAUGAGAGCAAAAAUUGUUGCAUAAUUAUUCUUUUUUGCUUCUAAUUUUUUUUGUCGUAUUUGGUUUUCCUUGGUGUCUUGAAAACCAAAAUAAUUUCAUUGGAGUCAGUUUCUGGCAUCUCAUUUUAAUUUUUUGAAACACUCUAAGUGUAUAUAUUUACAUUUGUAAUAAUAAUUAAAAAGGAAAAAAAAAUAAAGUACCGUUUAGUCAUUUUA